CGACUAGCAAGUCGGCCCAUUUACUAGUAUUGACCCUGCAAAAACGAAACUACAUGUCUUAGUAAUCACUCGCCACUAUCAUCCUGGUUAUCAUCCAUGCUUUUGAAGCAUGUGAGCCAACGUCAACGGAGCUGUUGCAUAGGUAGAAGAGGGUUGUCUCCCUGUUUCAGAAAGAUGGUAUAAAAGACAGAGCACACAUUCUCAUCCUUCAGUAGACUCAUCAUUCAUUCUACUAACGCUAUAGCUCAGGAACAGAACGCUGGAGGUUGCAGUGUGCUCCUUCAGAACCAUGGCUUCAAGAGCCAAGAAAAUUAAGAAAACCCCAGAGGGGAUAACUCCAGAGAGGAAAACUCCAGAGAGGAAAACUCCAGAGAGGAAAACUCCAGAGAGGAAAACUCCUAAGAGGAAAACUCCAGAGAGGAAAACUCCAGAGAGGAAAACUCCAGAGGGGAUAACUCCAGAGAGGAAAACUCCAGAGAGGAAAACUCCAGAGAGGAAAACUCCUAAGAGGAAAACUUCAGAGAGGAAAACUUCAGAGAGGAAAACUCCUAAGAGGAAAACUCCAGAGAGGAAAACUCCAGAGAGGAAAACUUCAGAGAGGAAAACUCCUAAGAGGAAAACCCUGACCAAACUCAGCCCUAAUUCUCUGUUCGGGAUGGGGAACCCCCUUCUAGACAUCUCAGCCGUUGUGGACAAGGACUUCCUGGAGAAGUACGGUUUGAAGGCCAACGACCAGAUUCUGGCGGAGGACAAGCACAAAGCAUUGUUUGAAGAGAUUUUCAAGUUUAAAGUAGAGUAUCAUGCCGGAGGAUCUACUCAGAACUCUAUAAAGGUAGCCCAGUGGAUGAUCCAGGAGCCCCAGAAGGUGUGUACGUUCUUCGGCUGUAUCGGGGAGGACAAGUUUGGGGAGAUUCUGAAGCAGAAGGCAGAGGAGGUCCACGUGGACGCCCACUACUAUGAGCAAACAGAAGAGCCUACAGGGACCUGCGCCGUGUGCAUCACCGGGGACAACAGGUCUAUGGUAGCUAAUCUAGCAGCAGCUAACUAUUAUAAGAAGGACAAACAUCUGGACUUGAAGGAGAACUGGAAACUGGUGGAGAAAGCCAAAGUCUUUUAUAUCGCUGGCUUCUUCCUGACGGUGUCUCUGGAGUCCAUACUGAAAGUAGCCAAACACGCAUCUGAGAACAACAAGCUGUUCACUCUGAACCUCUCUGCUCCCUUCAUCUGCCAGUACUUCAAAGAUGCCCUCAUGGAGGUCAUGCCCUACGUAGACGUGCUGUUCGGCAAUGAGACGGAGGCAGCCACGUUUUCAAAAGAGCAAGGCUUUGAGACAGAGGACAUUAAGGAGAUUGCUAGGAAGGCCCAGACUCUGCCCAAAGUCAACAAGAAGAGACUGAGAAUCGUUGUCUUUACUCAGGGGAAGGACGAAACCAUCAUGACCAAAGGAGGUGACAAGUUGGAGACGUUCCAAGUUCUGCAGAUUGAGCAGAAGGACAUUGUGGACACAAAUGGAGCCGGUGAUGCCUUUGUAGGAGGAUUCUUGUCAGAGUUGGUCCAGGAUAAGACAUUGGAACAAUGUGUGAAAGCAGGACACUACGCUGCCAACGUCACCAUCAGACAAACAGGAUGCACCUUCCCUCACAAACCAGACUUCCACUGAUGACCUUUAACCUUAACCUCUGACCUCUUACCCGAUCCACCCUGACCCUCACCAUCCCAACUAACCGAACCAGGGCCCCCCGUCCCUUUUUCAUAAUCAUCCAUCCAUGCUUUCAUCCAAUCCAUCCAUCCAUUCAUGCUUUCAUCCCUCCUUCACUUGACUUUCUGCAACCAGACUUCUGUGCGUGUUCUUCUUGUCCUUCACUAGGUGGCUUGGGCCACACCCACACCAGAUCUGUUUAUACUGACGUUCUACUGCCUCCCUUACUGACUCGGCUCAAGUCAACUGCCCUUUGUAGACUCAGUUAGCCUGAUGGCACUUACUUAAUACUUCCUGAUUCACAGUUAAAGAGAUGCUAUAAAGGCUUUGUAUCAUAUCAGACUGUAGUUUUGAAAGUCGUGCUUACGAGCCAAAACGGGUUCCUGAAAAUUGUGCACAAUUGUGUACAACGUCACUCAUUUCGUGUGAUAUGUUACGUCUUGAAUUUUAAUUUUCUUUCUGCAAUUCAUAUGGUAUGUUACGAAUUUGUAAGUGUUUAAGAUCCCGUUCAAUCUCUUCAACUGGAAGCAUCUCAGUUAGGUGUCAUGUUUACACACAUAGCAGGUCGCUGUUGGAAACAGACCGUUGUCUAGUCUUCUCCAUGGAGACCGAGCUAAAGCCAAGUUAGUGAGUCAGGUUAGGUAAUGGGUUAGGGACACAGUUAAGGUUGGUUAAUGGGUUAGUUAGGGAUGGGUGGAAUACUGUCAUUUGACGGAGGAGGUUUCUGUUGAGAAGGUUGAAGAUAAUUUCUAGAGAAGCAGCUCUAUAUAGAUAGUAGAGACCGAAUGCAACCGUUUUUAUAUGAAUAUCAAAUCAUUUCUGGGUAACAAAUAAGUACCUUACUAGCUCGAUUUCCAUCCAAUUGGUGACAGAUUUUCAUGUGAAUAUUCUGCAGCAUAAAGAAAAUAUGUGCAUUUUCCCACCAGUGGUGUGUUUCCACCAGAAUGACUUGUUGCGGACAAAAUCAGUGCGUGAUGACAUAGUGCAGUGUUUCCCAACCCUGGUCCUUCAGUACCCCCAGAGUACCCCCAACAGUACACAGGACCAGUCCUUCAGUACCCCCAGAGUACCCAUUUUCAUUGUAGCCCUGGACAAACACACCUCAUUCAACUCAUUAAGGCUUGAUGAUUAGCUGACAAGCAGAAACCGGUGUGCGGGUCCAGGGUUACAAUAAACAUGUAUACUGUUGGGGGUACUGGAAGACUGGUCCUGUUUACUGUUGGGGGAACUGGAGGACCAGUCCUGUUUACUGUUGGGGGUACUGGAAGACUGGUCCUGUUUACUGUUGGAGGAACUGGAGGACCAGUCCUGUUUACUGUUGGAGGAACUGGAGGACCAGUCCUGUUUACUGUUGGAGGAACUGGAGGACCAGUCCUGUUUACUGUUGGAGGAACUGGAGGACCAGUCCUGUUUACUGUUGGAGGAACUGGAGGACCAGUCCUGUUUACUGUUGGAGGAACUGGAGGACAAGGGUUGGGAAGCACUGACAUAGUGUACACAAAAUGUACUUUUUCACAUAAGUUUUCAUAAACCCAAAUAAAAAUCUAAAGUUCAAUGUGUCCACUCUGGUCUUGGCACGUGCUCUCUAGCCAACAGCUGGCAGAUACAGUGUGAGUAGGCUACCUACAUGAUGAGAUUAUUAUGGAAAAUAUUUGUAUUUGUCAAAUGGCAGUCAAGCAUCAAUCAUUAUGUCACCAGAAUAAAGCCCUCGAUAUUUGCUGGAAAGGAGCAUCAAUAUCUCAGUGCAGUUCAUCAUAACUUGUGAAGUUCGUCAUAACUUAUUUCCUCUGUAGCCUAAUAAACUGUAUGGUAGUGAGAGGACCAAACACCAUAACAUCGCAUGACUCCAAGUUUACUUUCAUAUGAUGGUUAUUGUAUCAAUAUUUGCACAGAAAGGCGUUUCCACCACCAUUUCUGGCAUAAUUAAUCUUACCGAUACAAAACGAUCCCUCCAUGUCGAACAAAAAAAAUGAUCUGUCGCCAUUUAUAAAAUUGUACCAAAACAGCUGUUGUGAUUUCUUUUAUACGGUAUGACUUUAUUCGCAUAACAACUGCGGAUGGAAACGUGGUUACUGUAAUAGAUUCCAUUAAAAUGUGCAAAAAAAAUCACUUUUGGGCAAAAAAAACUAUUUGUCAAGCUAAAAUGUUGCAAAGACUGUCUGGGAGUGGUCUGAGUGGGGAGGGGAAAACUGAAAACCAACUGUUAUUGGCAGAGAGGUUUAGAACUCUCUUUCUUAUUGGUCUAUUAACCAAUUUACAGCAUGUUUGGUGAUGUCACCAUGGAAAGCCGAAACUCCCGCCCAUCCAAACCUGUUGUUUAGAAGUUCCUGUGUAGAUUUGAUUUUCAAUCAGCAACUAUAAGGAAAUAACACUGAUCAAAUGUUGUCACACUUUUACAGUGUAGUUUCAUCAGCUGUUGUACGAUAUGAUAUAAACACAUGAAAAACGUAAUGUUUACUGCACUGGGUCUUUAAGGAGACUGCGCCUAAAAAUAAGAUGGGCAGUGUCAUUAUCAUUUAGAUUUCAUUUUCUUUACUGAUUGUUUGAUUAUGACUGGAGGCUUAUUAAAGCGGGGAAGUGUUGUUGCAGGUCAGAGUUGUUGUAAAACCGAACAGAUUCCUUAACCUUAAAGUUCUCUGUACACUUUGUAAAUGUGUCACAACCUUGAGUCUGAAGUGAUUUUUAUGUCUGUUUUAACAAAUAUUUAAAUGUAACAUUAGGAGGUGUAGCCUGUAGAUAUUGGCUAAUUAACACAUUUCAGUUGGUCAAAAACACAAACUGUGUUAUAACAGGCUGUGUAUAGUGUCAUAACAAUCUCGUACCUUUGUGAAAAUGUUUGGUUUGUAAAAGUGGGACUUGGUGUGUGAGGCUUAGGGCAGAAGUAAGCAUGUCUCAUGUGUAUGCUUUUUUUAUGUCAACUGUUUCAGUUCGAUGCCUUGAACUGACAAAUUAAAAUUACAUCACUGAUUUGAAAAUGUUUUAUUAAAUGAAAAACAUAUAUAUAAUAAUAACAUUAAAAUAACAAUGUUAUACUCUCA